AGCGACCGAAUGUCGCAGCGCCCCGGCGUGGGGGCGUGUCUUCCGGACGCGCACUUCCGCUUCCGGUUGCCAGAGACGUCUUCAAUCGCGUCUUUGCGCUCUGCCGUCGCAAUUGUGUUUUCGGCAGGUUCCAGGCGGCUCGAGCACGGGACAGAAUGAUCGAGGUUGUGUGUAACGACCGUCUGGGCAAAAAAGUCCGUGUUAAGUGCAACACGGAUGACACCAUCGGGGACCUCAAGAAGCUGAUUGCGGCCCAGACGGGAACCCGUUGGAACAAGAUCGUGUUGAAGAAGUGGUACACGAUUUUCAAGGACCACGUGUCUCUGGGGGACUAUGAAAUCCAUGAUGGGAUGAACUUGGAGCUUUAUUAUCAGUAGAGCCGAAUCGCCCGCCCUUCCCGUCCCCCCUGCCCCCCACUUGCCUUUUCCUACCACCCUGGCCCCCCUCGCUGGUAUGGCCGCCUGGCCUCCUGUUUUUAAAAAGAAAAACCCAUGGUAAUAAAAAUGCAAAAGUU